AUGGACGACGAGAAAACUAUCUGGAUAAAUCUUCCUAAGUUUAGUGAGAGAUACGUUAGUGGGGUAGAGGCAUUCAUUCAAAAUGCAUUCCCCAAAUUUUCCGUAGGUGAUGAAAUAACCUGCCCUUGCAAGAAUUGUAAUAACCGCAAGUGGUAUAGGGCAGAUGUGAUCUACAAUCAUCUUAUAUGCAGUGGUCCAUCCACAUUAUAUGCUAAUUGGGUUUAUGAGGUUUCACUUAGAUCUGAUAGAGAUAGUGAAGAUCUGAUAGAUUGUGAAACCAACAUAAAUUUUGGAGAUACCCUAGAUGAGAUGCUGCAUCGGACUAAUGGACCAAAUGAUGAUGUCAAAAAUGUUUUUCGCCAUGUUCAGGAGGGAAAGCAGCCUUUGUAUCCAGGCUGUGCAAAGUUUUCGCGAUUAAGUUUUAUCGUGAGACUUUAUUCCUUAAAGUGUGCUCAUGGGAUUUCAGAGUCGGGAUUUGGGGAUAUACUAGGGUUGAUAAGGGAAGCUUUUCCACAGGCACACAUACCAUUAUCUUUCAAUGCUGCGAAGAAUAUCAUUAAAGAUCUAGGACUUGACUAUAAAAAAAUACACGCUUGUCCUAACAAUUGCAUGUUGUAUUGGGGUGAGAAUGAAAAAGAAAAUUCCUGCAAAACUUGUGGUGUUUCGAGGUGGAACAUAGUGGAAAAAGAAGGGACCAGCAACAAUGAUCCAAAGAAGUUGAUUCACAAAGUGCCGAAAAAUGUCAUGCGCUAUUUUCCACUUAAGCCAAGACUACAACGAAUGUUUAUGUGCGAGGAGUUUGCAGAACUUAUGACAUGGCAUGCUUUUGGACGGAAAAAUGAUGGCAAACUUAGACAUCCAGCUGAUAGCGAUACUUGGAGGGCAAUGGAUGCUAGGUAUCCUCAUUUCUCGUCAGAAACUAGGAAUAUAAGGUUGGGUGUUGCUGCUGAUGGAUUCAAUCCUUUCCGAACAAUGAAUACUUCACACACCACCUGGCCUAUUAUUUUGGUUAACUAUAACUUGCCUCCUUGGUUAUGUAUGCGUCAAGAAAACCUUAUUCUUUCAACCCUCAUUUCUGGCCCGGAAUCUCCAUCCAAUAACAUUGAUGUUUUUAUGCAACCUCUAAUUAGUGAGUUAAAAGAGUUAUGGGAGGAAGGGAUAGAAACCUAUGAUUCGUUUACUAGUCAGAAUUUUAGGUUACGUGCUGCUGUGAUUUGGACCAUAAGCGAUUUUCCCGGAUAUGCAAUGUUAUCCGGUUGGAGCACCAAGGGCAAAUUGGCUUGUCCAGUUUGUAACUGUUAUUUUACACCAACUAUGAGAAAGAUUGUAGAAGGGGGGGGUUGA